AUGACGGAUGAUGAUAACAUUAAACUCCAAAAGAAGCUGUAUUUUAUGGUCGAUAAGUUGAAAGAGUUUCAUGGAAAAUUAGAUACAGACAUUCAGAAUCGUAUCCCAUUAGAGAAUUUAAUAACAAUGGCAAAUGUCUUGGUGAAUGAUGAGCACAUAUUCGAGGUCGUUGGGAAGUUAAAUGAGUAUCAGAAUGCAACUGAGGAUGUUCUGAAGAAGCAACGAGAUGACUUGAUACUAGAGAAUCAAAAGGAAAUUGAAAGCUAUGUUCAAAAAUUAAAUGAUAGCGAUGAAGUCGUCCAUACAGUCCAGCUGCUAAAGAAGCAGCAUGCAAAGAAAUUAAAAGACUUGGACAGAGCAAUUGUUCAGAAUCUCGAUUCUUUAGUAUUAGAACAACAGCACACGCUACAAGUGCUUAAUUUGCCUGCUUUCUCUGAAACAUUUGAUAGCAAGACUAUAAUCACUCAAAUGCACCUAUUAUCAAUGAUAUUAAAGCUACAGAAGCUAUUGAGUAGUUAA